UCUUUCCGCUCUCUCAGCAUUUAGCACUCAAAAAUAAUCAAGCAGCACUCAUUCCAUCAAUGAAUGAGUGUCCUCUCUUCUUCUUCUUCGUCGUCGUCUUCUUCGUCUAGGUUUCGUCAAUUCGCUUUAGAUUCAUCUGAUUGGAUCAUUUUGCUCCGUAUGAAAUUUGAGUUUUUUAUCUGAUUUUAGUUAGAGAGCCUUUUGCUUGCAAUCUUACUAUUUCUGAUAAUAAUAUUAAGCGUGCAAAUGUUGCAAUGGAUGGGAGGAUCAAGAAGGAAAGUCACUACUUCAAGGAGAUCUACUCAGAAGAGGCAAAAGCAGUAUUUUGAACAAAGGAGGAGGAAACAGCAUCAGCAGGCAGCUGGGUUAGACAGCUUUGAAGAAGGGGUUAACAUUCUAGGGGAGAAUUGCAGAGAACAUCAUCGAUCAUUGGAUGUUCUUAGUUUGCAGAACUGGUCAACAAUUGCUAAAGACUGCACGUCUACUUGUCACCCUGGAAGGGAAGAUGCAAAGGUCAAUGCUUCAACAGUUAACUCCCAUAUCUUCAAGGAUCCACCAAUAAUUCGAGCCAACCCUAUCGGUCCUCUGCAGUCUCUUGAAAUCAUGGAAACAAGAACUCUAUCAGGCUACCAACCGGAGACUGUAUCACCGAAGAAGGUUCUGUUUAGCUCUUCAAAUAAUCGCAGCAAAGCUUUCAGUGGAACCAGCAGCAAAAACAAACUGGAUCCUUGCAAGAUGACAACUCAGCAAUCAUCAUCUGUUUUUGAUUUGCUUGCUGAUGAUGAACCAAAUGGAAAGUCAGAUGGAAGUCCAGCACGUGAAGCUCAUGUUGCAUUUUCAGUUGAAGGUUUGGGCAAAGUGGGAGCAGAAACACCCCCCUACUUACCACGACAACCUGACAGUUAUGUUUCCUAUGGCUGCCCCUCACCAUUGAAGGCUGCAAGGCAAAUAAGCUCAUCAACGAACCUUGAUUAUGUUCUGAAUGACCUUGAAGUUGAAGUGGAUGCAAUAAUGCAACAUGUUGACAUGCCACUAAGAGGCCAUCCUUCGGAAUUUUCAAUGGAGAUUGAGGAUUCGUUUUGCAAGCUAAAUAAUAAUUUAUCUACCAUCACAGAAAGUGUACAACUUGAUGGCCAUGGUAGAAUGAGGAACUCAUUUGGUGAAACUGAGAAUAACGAUGAUACAUGGGGUGCAAGGUGUAGGUCAUGGGAUGCCAAUUUUCUUGAUAAGAGGGGAUUUGAUAUUUCUUGGAAUAGCUGGCCAUAUUCUAUGGAUGGUAAUUCUGCUGAAUUUCUGAAAUACGGAAAUGAUAGAUUGCCAGAUGAUGCUUUUGAAGGUUGUCAUCUGCUGAAGAAAAGGGAUUCUAUAAUUGCCAAGGAAGCAUUCAAUAUCUUAGAUCCACCCUCUCUGAAGCAUCAAACACCUGAAACUGGUUUUGAUUUCAUGAUUUCUGAAAGGGCGGCAAGGAAGCCUUCACUGCGAACGAAUUUUGGUUUUGGAGAUACAACCAUCCAACCUGAUUGGUCUUGCUUUAUCACAGAAGAUGCUAGAGACAACCAGAGCUUGUUGAGUGAAGAGUCGAGCUCGUCCACUGCAGUGAGGGACAAGGUGACAGAUAUUUUGCCAUCAAACUCUAGAGCAAGACGCAGCCAAAGGCAUCAAAAUGCUUCUGGUUUCCCUGAAAACAAUUGCAGAACUAAAAGCAUUUUUCUCAAGGGAAGACAAUUCAAAAAUAGGGAAGAAAUUCAGAAAGGAAAUAAUGUAUUUGGAUCAGGAAAAUCCACACGGACCCCAAUGCUAUCAGAGUCAAGCAACUUAGAUUGUCCUUUCCAGGAGAAAAUAGGGUCACGUAGGAGUUGGAUGUUUAAAGAAGGAUAUGGGUCAGCAGAUAUGAAUAUGGGUUUCAGUUCACCAUGCCAAACCUCAGAAACAAAGCAUCCUUUGUCAGGCUCCAAGCCUUGGACUGAAGAUACUUUUGAUGCCUUUGUCCCUGAACCACAAAUUGAUGCCAAAUUCUCUUUUGACACCUCCAAACAUGGUGGCUCUGUUAAACAUUCACCAUCUGACAGUUUUAUCUCUGAAAAGUUCGCCUUCUGCCAAAAAUCUAGUAGUAUGCACGCUCAUGAUUCCCCUACGUUCUCGAAGGUUGAGUUUGGGGCAACCAGGGCAGAUUUUACUCGAGAUCCUUCAGAUUUUGAGUUCAAAGGCAACCCUCCAGAUUUUUCAUUAGAAGAUGCUGCUUCUCAUGGAGAGAAGUUGGUUUUGGAGUUAUCAGCAAAGGAAAGUGUAAGCAAAGAAAAGAAAAAUAGAUCAAAAUUUCAGCAAACCAAUUAUGAAAAAGUCGAGACAUGGAACAGCCGUGUUGGAAACAACAUGAAGCCAAUGGAUGCAUUAGAAUCUGUGGAUAAUGGUCCUGACCGCAAGGAUGCAAAAGAUGAACCUUUGGAGACAUCAUCAUCUGUGAAGAUCCCUAACAAAUCUGAAAGCAGUGUUGAUAAAAAAGAAUACCACCAUGAUGCUGAAGUUUCUCCUCCAUGCCCAAAGGGGAAUAAAGAAAAUGAAGGGCCUGGAGACAGAAAAAUAAGCAGAGAUGGUAAUCGUCUUGAUUCAUCUCCCCCAGUGAUGAUGCUAAAAAGCUACGUUCUCCAGCUUCUUUGUGUGCAGAAGGCACCAAAGGAGGCUUCUGUACAGACACCUUAAGGAAGGUCCCUUCAUUCGCGCCUGUAACUGAGUACAGAAUCAAACAUGUCUGGUGAUGCACAGUAUAGUUUUUCUUUUUCUGUAGACUUUCAUCUGUUCACUUCCUUCUGGGUUAAUAUUAAGCACUCAUAAACUUGGAACUUCAA